AGAGAAGCGUGACGGAGGGGAGAUAGACAUAUACAAAGCGAAACCUUCGGCCUAGGAGGAGCCUGUCGAAGACGGAAACAAUCCAAAACCCAUUCGCCCGGCCGAGUUCACCGCUGGCACCUACGAGCCCAUCAUGGAUCCCAGACAGCCGCAGCUCCCUUUCUCUCGGAAUACUGCAUCUCCAUACGGUCGCUCGCCUUUUCCUCCAUCGACAAAUCAACCGCCGCAGUAUCCGCCUACAUCCCAUGCUCCAGCGGCUGCUGCUGCGUACUCUGAUCAUCAGCGCAGACCCUCCGAUCCCCCAUACUAUAACCCGCAGCGGAACUAUGGCCCAGAGUCGGGAUCAGCGCACUCGAGACACCAGAGUUCUUCGUCAGUUGGCCACGGCACGCCUGUGAAUCGAGGCAUGCCUCCUCCUUCAUCUCCCCAGCAGCAAACGCCACAGCAUAGCUAUGGUCCUCCUCCACCCCGAGCACCAACCAUGUCCGUCGGGCCGCCUACCGGCUUUGCGUCUGGUCGCGAGCUGCCGGCGCUGAAUUCGUUAGGUCGUCCUUCUACUAAUUCGAAUGGUAUGUCAAUAUCUUCGAUCCUUGGUGGACCAACACCGGCGGCAAGAGAUCAAACAUCCUCACAAUAUGGGUCCCCCGUUCCCGCACCAGCUGCUCCAAACUCGGUCUUUCCAGGCCAACCAAAUGCAUCACCACGGGCAAAUACAAUGGGUCCCGAUUAUGCCCCUUUCCGCCGGCCUCAGACACCAGAGCAUCAAAGAUCUUAUGAACAGCGCGAUCAUGGAGCGAGUACAGCGGGCUCUCCUGCAGGGCCUACGCAUUAUUCAACCCCAGAUGGGCGCCGGUACGGUGCAACUCCCACAUAUGCUCCCCGUCAGCUACCGCCAGCGGAAGAACGGCGAGAACCUGUCCGAGUGCAAAAUCCUAACGCCAUCCCCGCUCGGCCCGAAAGUCAACCGACUACAUUCAACCCUUCGCGACCAGCCGACUCGCGCACUCCGAUACAUACCGAUGGCGUGUUUGGGAGGAGGGAGAAUCCUAAUCGGGUAGAUCCGGCAAGGGAGCCAACAUAUCAAAGAAACGAGUACGAGGAAAUGAAUAAUUCUGCGUAUGCGUAUGCCGAGAGAGCCAGGCAAGAAAGGGAUGUCGCCAUACAGAGGGAACGAGAGCAGCGGGAGAGAGCCCAUAAUGAGCAUGCGAGUAAUUUACAGCAACAGCAGGAGUUUGCACACCAGGUAGCACAGAGAAAUGCCCAGACCUACAAUCGGCCCCCUGAACAGCGAGAGCCGCCUGCGUGGAUGAGGUCAGGCUACGAGACUCCACGAGCACCGCCGUACGAGCCAAUUCCUGAACAGCAACCACACCAACGCGAGCCUGUUAAUAACCAUGAAUUUGGAAGAUCUGCUGUGCCGCCAUAUGGCGGCUAUACAGCGUAUGCGUCAAAUGAACAUAGAUAUCCCCCUGCUUCACACGCGCAGCCAAUGCAAGCUCAGCAUAGCUCGAUUCCCGCAUCACAGUAUGAUGUUAACAACCAAGAGCGCCAGAGACUUGCUCAAGAGCAACAACGACAACAACCGGUUUACGGGCAGCCAUCGCAGAGCGCACCGUAUCAACCCCAAGAAUCGCCCACGCGGAGACAAUUUGACGAGUCUCAACAGAUCCAACAACAAGCUCCACAGCAAAGAAGCCUUCUUGGUGUACAAGAGAUCAAUCGAAAAGGUCGUGUGUCCCCUCUUCCUCAAGCGGUUCAAGGGGCCCAGGCUCAGAUUGGUGUAGCCGGGGGUGAGCCAGGGAUCAAGAGUGAAUUUGGCCGCAUGUUUUCAGGUAUCGGUAGCGGCGUUGGGGGCAUAGGAGUGCCAAGUCCAGUCACAUCUCAUCAAGGAUUACCUGGUGCAGGGCAAUUGAGACGUGAAGAUGUGGAUGGUCUCCAAGGUCACGAUUCCCCGGUUGAGAAUGGCGGUUUUAAGACUGCUCGUACUGCGUCUGGUACCAGGAGACGGAAGCUGAAGGAAGAAGAUAGCAAAGGUGAUGAUGAUAGUAGCACUGGAAGACAUACACCUAGCGGAAGAGGGAAACGACCAAAGACACAUCACCACCACCACCACAACCAUCAUCAUCACCAUCACCAUCACCGCCCCGAUACUCUAGACAACAUAUCGCCGCCAUCACAACCCAAUCCUACACCGUUCAAACCAGUAAAAGGUGGUACCGUUUCCUCGCCACCGGACCUCAAGGCCGCUCCAAUCCUACAUCAUCACCACGUUCCUCGUCACCACCACCACCACGUACCACCUGCGCCUAAACCCGCUAUUAUUCCACUUCCAAAGACCACUGUCCGUUCAAAAGCCGUCCUUGAUGCUGUUGCUCAUCUUCCUCGAAAACAUCUCGGAUACGAUUACUAUCAAGCGGAACUGAAGCCCACCGGAUCAAUAAUCCCACGACGGAAUUCAGGAAGAGGAUUUGCCAGCACGCCUCGACCGCUUCCUCGUUUUGAAGGCUCGGAAAAUUGCACCUUUACUAUCAAAGUCCCACGCGUUUAUCUCACCUCUUCAAGCAGGGCGGAAAUCACGAGCCGAAAAGCGGUUUGGGGGACCGAUGUGUAUACCGAUGAUUCAGACGUGAUCGCAGCUUGCAUACACCAGGGGUGGUUCAGGGGUGAAUGGGAUGAAGAUGUGGAUAUUUCCCUCCUCGGUCUUGAACUCGAAGACACACCCCCUAGUUCUCCGAAGGAUUUCCUCACCGAGCCCCCUCGAAGCGGUCCUAUGCCCGUCCCGCCGAAUCGCGAUUGCCAUAUAACAGUUCUCAUUCUUCCGCUCUUGGAGAAAUACGGCAGCACCACACGCUUCGGAAUUAGGAGCCGCGAAUGGGGCGGUGAUCACGAGGGAUAUAAAGGUGUCCAUGACGGGCUCAGCUUUAUGAUUAUGAGUGUGAGGUGGGUGGAGGGCGUGGAUGGGAAGGAGGGAUUGAGAGGAAUGAAACGAAGGGCAUUACUCGAGAGUGAAAUGGAGGCCGAGAGGGAGGACGUGGAGUUCUUCAACAGCCUGGAGACGUCCGAGAGGUGGAAGGACAAAGAUAUCACAAUCAUGGAAUCUUUUGAGAGAGGUAACGCGGGAAGCUUACCGGGCGAUAUCAAAGGGAUUGGCAUGGGCAGCUGGUGGAAGCCUACCUCUCCCAAAGCGGAUGAUGCAAGUGCGGACGCCGACAAGCAGCAGCAAGGAGACCAGAAAGCAGAUGCGCAAACGGAGGCGACCAGCCCAGAGGCAACAAAUGGAGAAGCGACCAAUAAUGGCGAGCCAGUCCCCGGCGAAGCAGCGACCGACGAAGAAGCACCCGCCGCCGCCGUUGAAGCAGAUAGUAGCAAUAAGGAGGUCAAGAAGAUAACAGAAGAAGAGCAAGCCGCUAUCGAGCAUGUCACGAAGCGCAUGAUCGAGAAUGCUAAUGCGCAUACUGCUGGGGACGGAGAGAGUGUCGAUAAAUAAAACAGGGGGGCGAAGGGCAUUAAUUAUUCGCUUUGAAUUUGAGCAGAACGGUGUUUCAUCAGGGGAUCUCUCAUUGCGCCUACCUAGGUACCUUACCUUAGCAUCCGCAGUAGCAGGAAUGAUGAUGGGUGGAGUCCGGGUGUUAAAAGCUCGCGCAGGGUUUUUAUACUAUUAGUAUCGUUCUAUGAUUAUCAUUAUCAUUAGCUACCUAGGUACUAUGCCUAGGUGCCUACCUAGGCACUGUAGGAAAGGAAGGAAAGUCGUUAAGGGAUGAAUUG